CCGAGCCAGUUCUCGCGGUGCUGGCCAGGCUCAGCCUCCUUCCCCUCCCCGGCGAGCGGUGACUGUGCACGGCGGAGCGGGGAGCGCCGAGCCGGGCGCGGGGGGAGCCCGCGCCGCCCCGCCGAGCCCGGAGGGAGGCCGCCGCGCCGCGCAGCGCGCCCGCCCGGCACGGCCCGUCCCGGCCGCCCUGCCCCAUGCCCCAGCGGCGCUGAGCCUCCUGCAGCCCGAACAUGGCCACCACGGCAACGUGCACCCGCUUCACCGACGAGUACCAGCUCUACGAGGAGCUUGGCAAGGGAGCCUUCUCAGUGGUCCGCAGAUGUGUUAAGAAAAGUUCAUCACAGGAAUAUGCUGCAAAAAUCAUCAACACCAAAAAACUGUCAGCCAGAGAUCACCAGAAACUGGAACGUGAAGCUCGGAUCUGCCGACUUUUAAAGCAUCCGAAUAUUGUGCGGCUCCACGACAGUAUUUCAGAAGAAGGUUUCCAUUACCUCGUCUUUGAUCUGGUUACUGGUGGGGAGCUCUUUGAGGAUAUUGUUGCCAGAGAAUACUACAGUGAAGCAGAUGCCAGCCACUGUAUUCAUCAGAUACUGGAGAGUGUGAAUCACAUUCACCAGCAUGAUAUCGUGCACAGGGACUUGAAGCCUGAGAAUUUACUACUGGCAAGUAAAUGUAAGGGUGCUGCUGUCAAACUGGCUGACUUCGGGCUGGCCAUAGAAGUCCAGGGGGAGCAGCAGGCCUGGUUUGGGUUUGCUGGCACUCCAGGCUACCUCUCCCCUGAAGUCUUAAGAAAAGAUCCUUAUGGAAAACCAGUGGAUAUAUGGGCAUGUGGAGUGAUUCUGUACAUAUUACUAGUGGGGUACCCUCCCUUUUGGGAUGAAGAUCAGCACAAACUCUAUCAGCAGAUCAAAGCCGGAGCCUAUGACUUCCCAUCACCUGAGUGGGACACUGUGACUCCUGAAGCCAAGAACUUGAUCAACCAGAUGCUGACGAUAAACCCUGCGAAGCGCAUCACCGCUGACCAGGCUCUCAAACACCCCUGGGUCUGCCAACGAUCCACUGUUGCUUCCAUGAUGCACAGGCAGGAGACUGUGGAAUGCUUGAGAAAGUUCAAUGCUAGAAGGAAGCUAAAGGGUGCAAUCCUCACCACGAUGCUCGUGUCCCGGAAUUUUUCAGCUGCCAAAAGCCUGCUGAACAAGAAGUCAGAUGGAGUGAAGCCACAGAGCAACAACAAAACCAGUAUAGUAAGCACUGCAAAAGAAUCACCCCCAGUGCAGACGUCCAUGGAGCCUCAAACAACUGUUGUCCAUAAUGCUACAGAUGGCAUAAAGGGUUCCACAGAGAGCUGUAACACCACGACUGAAGAUGAGGAUCUGAAAGCUCCCCCUCUCUCCACCGGGGACGGCAGCUCAGUGCUUGAAGGACGGAGGCACAGUGAGAGCAAAACACAGACUGAGUCCAUGCAGUCCCAGCUUUCUCUCUGUUUCUCAGCCACUACACAGUCUUGUGAAGAGAAGCUUCUUGCCUGGGACAGCCCAGGGCAGACAUUGGAGUUAGAGCGUGCUCGGUCGGAGCCUUUGCUAACUCCAGUAGUCCCCUUUGUACUUAACCGUGCACCGUUGCGUAAGCAAGAGAUCAUUAAGAUAACAGAGCAGCUGAUAGAAGCCAUCAACAAUGGAGACUUUGAGGCUUAUACAAAGAUCUGUGAUCCUGGCUUGACCUCAUUUGAACCUGAAGCACUGGGGAACCUGGUUGAAGGAAUGGAUUUCCAUAAGUUUUACUUUGAGAACUUGCUGUCGAAGAACAGCAAGCCCAUCCACACGACCAUCCUGAACCCACACGUGCACGUGAUCGGGGAGGACGCGGCGUGCAUCGCCUACAUCCGCCUCACGCAGUACAUCGACGGGCAGGGCCGGCCCCGCACCACCCAGUCCGAGGAGACCCGCGUCUGGCACCGCCGCGACGGCAAGUGGCUCAACGUCCACUACCACUGCUCUGGAGCUCCUGCAGCACCUCUCCAGUGAGGAUCAGAUACGGCGACUUGUGGAGAUACUCAGCUGGAGGGCAAUAUCUUCUUAGCAAGCAGCUCUGGAGUGCCUGAGUGACAGCAACGGUCAUGUCUGUUUUGACAUUAAAAAAAAAAACCAAACCAAACCAAAUAAAUCCAAAUUACAAACAGGCAGCAGCCAAAUGCACGAAACCCUGCAUGCAUCUGAUGCUCCGGGCGCUGCCUUUCUGUUGUUUUCCAUGGAUCCAUCGUGUCUGUUUCUGCUGUACGAAGGUGUUUUUAAAUCCUAAAAAGCAAAAUGAAAACACACACACACACACACAAGAGGACAUGUUGUUUGUAUAAAAAACCAGGAAUCAUGCUAAAUAAAUGACAGAUUAUCCGACAUGCCCCCUCCCCCAGGGCUAAGCAAAUGGCAGCAGCUGGACAUCUUUCUGAAAUGAAGUGAGGGGGGAAAGCAAAAGUGAAGGAGAGAGAGAAAGAGUAGAGGGAGAGCAUAAAAAGGAGGCGGCUUGAGCGGCAGCGGAUGGCUGAGCUGUGCUCCCCAGAGCCACGGCGGGAGGGAACAUCACACCCGGGCUGUGCUGUGGCUUCCAUCCCCGAGAGGUGGCGAGCAGACCCCAGAGGAGCCAGUGUGAAGACUGGGGUUGGAGAGAGAGGAGGCACUUCUCUUCCUGUCGCCCGGCAGAGUGACUUCAGCCCGUUUGUUCUUCGGUUUCUGCACAGCGAGAACGCUCUGCAAAGCUGGUUGCUCGGCUGCUGGAUCCCGAAACAGACUUUUUGUUCUUGUUGUUGUUGUUGUUUAAAGAGAAAAAAAAAACCAAACCAAAAUGGGAUGUUGAUUUCGAGCUCAAGGUGGAAGUAAGGAUUGAGCAAAAAUGUGUUUAAGUGAAUCUAACUUAACUAGAAGCUCGCUCUUCAGAGAUAGUGGUUUUAGAAACAGCCACUGCCUGGCCAAACGUGGAGGUUUGAAGCCAGCUCAUUUAAUGUAACAGAACCAAACCAAACAAAGCGUUGCAUUAAGAGCAGAGAUUUUUUAGAGGAAGAGGGUACAUGUAUGGGAUUUUCUUUUCUUUUGUUUGUUUUUCUUCCCCUUUCUUUUCUAGUAGCAUAGUUUGGGAUCCACAGUGCUGCAGGACACGUGUUCCUUAGGAAGCAGACAAAAAACCUUAGUGUUACGUUCUUCAUGAAGACUUGCACAUACACUCCUAUACGAGGCAUAAAUAGCGUGUGGUUUUUGUUUUUUAUACUGAAAUAUAUGCACCCAUAGAAUUUAAAGGGGUUCCCUGGCCUCCUGUUUCAUUUGUUUGGUCCCCAAGCACAAUAGCAACGGGAGCCAGCAGCCCCAGCCAGGUGCUUCUCCCCACCACUAACCCAUCUGAUGUUUGUACGUGUCAUGUUUCCUAGUGUUUAUUUGGGUAAUUGUUUUCUAUUUUUUACAGUGAUGUUGUAACACAGAAAACUAUCAGAUCAGAACCUCAGAAACCUUUAGGGGGAAGGACUCCAGGCCACCUCCCGGUGUUGCCUCUGGGUGCCUCAUGAAGCAGAGGGGAAAGGGAAUUAGCACAUUUGAUCUGAUGUUUGUCCUUUGGGCCAAUUCAUCCUCCUUUCUUUUCUUUGCUGCAAAAGGAGUCUGUUUCCUUUGUUGGUUGGGGGGGGGGGGGGCGGGUGGGAUGGGACGUGGAAGUGUGUUGCUGACCUUACCAAGGAGGGAGCCUUAUCCCCAGAAGAAAACGGCCUUUCAGGCAGACCUGAUAGGAUUUGUCUUGACCGAGAGAAGGCAUCACUUGUAGAAGCUGGGAUGGGCUUUUACCUGAAUUUCUGUCCACUGCUAUUCAUGUUUUGGAUCUUUAGAGGGAGUGAAAGUGAUUGCACUGACAGCAUACUAAGUGUGCAGCAACCUUUUUACAGACUACAGAAGAGGGGAGAGCCAAUUGGGAAGCUCAAUCAUUAUUUAAGAGAAGGCAGAAAACAAAAGCUGUCACACAAAGCGGAGCUGUCGUCCUUUGCAACAGAGAGCCCUCUGCUCCCUUCCUUAGAGAGGUGCUGUCCCACACCAGGAUUAGACCAGCAAAGCCCCAGUGAAGGAAAAGACCAUCCACACUUCCCAGGUUUGUCUGAGCAAAUACCCUUUUCUUCCUCCCUCCACCACCCCAGGGAGGAGUGUGGGGAACCGAACCCACAGCGGGCGGGGAGGGGGGCAAACACUAGACUUGAUCGUUUAGAAACAUUUUUAAGACAGCACUAAGCCAGUGAGUGAAGUGGAAAAGUGAAAAGCCUUGAUAUUUUAUUCAGAUUUUCUUUUAAGCCACAAGGAGAGAGCGAACAGGAGUUUAAAAACCCAUAAAUACAAACCAUUAUGCAUGCCUUCUUUAGGUCUGAUCUUCCUUGUCUCUUUACCUGAUAACUAUUAAUAACUAAAAAGAAAACCCUCUGUAUUAAGUAUCUGCAUCCUUCAGAGAAAACGUUAAAAGACCAGAGCUGGUGGGUUUUUUUGGUUUUGCACAGUCUUGGAGACAAACUCUCUUUUGGGUUUUUUUUUUGUUUGUUUGUUUGUUUUGUUUCCUUUUAAGUUAAUGAGACCCUUAGCUUGGUAUGGCCAUUAUCAAACACAGCUGUACACCUUUAGCAUUCUUAAUGUUCUCUUAAGGGGCUAAUAUAAGCAUCUAUAUAAUAUAUAUUAUAAAUAUCACAUUUUAAACAGGAAAUGGAAGGCAUUUGUUGCAGAAUUUUUGCAUGACAUAGAAAUAAUUAAAGUUAGCUAGUGUUUGUUUGGUCUGAAUGUUGGUAGAACCUUCAUAGCUUUGUUACAAUGAAACCUUGAACUGAAGAUAUUUAAUAAAAUAACAUUUAAACAGUGCAAA